AAUCUUUCCAAAUUAUUUUUUACACAUGAAGUUAGUUCACUAUUCUUUACUUUCAAGUGACCAGUCUAACUACCAUCCUUUCGGACAGAACUCCAUGGGAGCCCUAGAUAUUUUAUCAUGUUAAUCUGCAAUAUCCAUUGAUGGAAAUCCAGUUCUAUCUCCAUGGCGAUACUUGUCUACCCUUGCAUCCCAACUGCGUUGUUCUUGCAAAAUCGUCCUCAAUCAGCUCCACUAACUCCCGUCCGGUGUUCUUCUUCAGCCACCGUUAAACUGCCCACUUCUAAGGCAAUAACAAGUUCCAAUGGCGGAAAAAGCACCGGCGCUGCAGUUCUUUGGUACAAGAAUGAUCUUCGUGUCGAUGAUCAUCCAGGUUUAAUUGCUGCCUCGAAGCAUACGGUGGUUGUUCCUCUUUAUGUCUUCGAUCACCGGAUUCUUCGCUGCUUCACUGAGGAAAAGCUUGAGCUGCUCCUCUUUGCUGUGAAAGAUCUGAGAAACUCAUUGAAGGAUCUGGGAUCUGAUCUGAUGAUCAGGUUCGGGAGGACAGAAUCUGUAAUCCAAGAUCUUGUAAAAGAGGUCAGAGCUGCAAACAUUUACACACAAGAAGAGGUGGAAUAUGACUUACAGUUGGUAAUUGAGAAGGUUAAUGAAAACUUGGGAGACAUAAAGAGCCCUAAAAUAUCUCUAUGGAAUACCCCCUUUUAUGAUAUCAAGAACAUUAUGGACAUCCCAUUGUCAUAUGACGAGUUUCAACAAUUAAAAUUGUCCAUACAUUCACCUCUUUCAUCACCAAAGUUACCUAGCAUAGCAACAGAUUUAGCCUGGGGUGCUCUACCAACACUGAAUGAUUUGAAGGAAUUCAUAGAUGAGAAUCCAUACAAAUCAAAAGAUAGCUGGACUUCCAUCAAGAACAAUUCAGCCGAAUACGUAAUGCAGAAUGCUAGGAUUCUUGCAUCAAAUGGUCUGACUAGUCAAACCAAUUUGAUACCCCUUACUAAGAGUAACCAGAAGAGAAUAAAAAACUCAGCAUUUAUAACACAACAAGGAAAUGUUAUUGGAGGUGGAACAAAUGAUGUGCUUAAUGCAUUGUCAGCAUAUCUAAAAUAUUUAGAGGGUACUACACGCGAUGAUUGGCAGGAGGUGCAUGACAAAUUAAGCAAGGCUGAAACCCGUGAAGGAGCUUCAUUUGGUGUUCUUUUUGGACCUGUCCUUCAGCUUGGAAUAGUUUCUAGAAGAAGAGUGUAUUAUGAGACUCUAAAAUAUGAAAAAGACAGAAAUGGUGGAUUUCUGUCACCCUUUGGGUACUCAACUGCCACCAUUGCUGCAGCAGCUGGGCAUGUUCUCUCAACAGAGUGGUAUAGUCUUUUGGCAUCAAGAAGUCAACUUGAUUCAACUAAAAGAUAUUCUAUUCGGUACUGGAAGUGGAAUGGUUAUCUAAUACAGUAUACUGUUGUGGGAAGUGAAGGUCCUGCAAUUCUUCUUGUGCAUGGUUUUGGUGCUUUUUUGGAGCAUUAUCGUGAUAAUAUUAAGAAUAUAGCUGAAAAUGGCAACCGUGUUUGGGCUAUUACACUUUUGGGAUUUGGAAGAUCAGAGAAACCAAAUGUUAUAUACACUGAACUUAUGUGGGCUGAGUUUAUAAGAGAUUUUAUAGUUGAAGUUAUUCGGGAACCAGUUCAUCUUGUUGGGAACUCAUUCGGAGGCUAUUUUGUAUCUAUUGUUGCUGGUUUAUGGCCUGCUUUAGCUAAGUCUGUGGUUCUCUUGAAUAGUGCUGGCCAUUACAUUCCAGAAUAUUCUUCUGUGCCUCCCUUUAAGGAAAGGAAAACUACAGGAGUUGCAUGGUUAGGUGCUAGGGGCAUUUCGGGCUACCUAAAGUUGAGUGUUAGGAAUUUAGUGAGGAGUUGCUACCCAACUAAAAGGGAUCGUGCUGAUGAAGGGCUUCUCAGUGAGAUGGUAAGGGCAUCAUAUGACCCUGGUGCAGUGGUGGUUUUGGAAAGCCUUUUUACAUUUGAUCCUUCAAUUCCAAUGAAUUAUGUGCUCAAAGGACUUGAGGAAAAAGUCAUGAUUAUCCAGGGGAUGAAAGACCCGAUUUCUGAUUCAAAAACCAAAGUAAAUCUUGUCAAAAAACACUUCAAAGAAAUUGAAAUCAAGGAGUUAGAUGCAGGACACUGUCCCCAUGAUGAGGUACCAGAAGAAGUCAACUCUAUCAUUCGGGAAUGGGUGGUCAAUGUUGAAAAUAGAUGUCAGAUCUUGGAACAAAAAUUCAAAGAUAACAGAAUGCCAACCAAAAAACAAAGUCUUGAAAAAGAGUUUAGUGGUCAAACCUCUUGAAAAAAAAGUUUUGAGGUACCUAAAAUGGAACAAUUAUGAAA